AUGGCUCUUGCGACCCCAACCGCAGAGGCUCCUGCCAAGGGAGGCAAGCUCAUCAAGGAUAUGUCCCAAGAUGAGAUCGACACAGUGAUCAAGGAGAAGGGGUACAAAGGAUACACAUCAAUGAUGGAGAGCCAGAUCCGCGAGGAUAUCAAGAAAGAAGAGAAAAGCAGCUUGAAAAUCAGAAUCGAGCUAAACUUGGAGGUCGAAGUACAUUUGACGGCGAGGGUGAAAGGUGAUAUUGUGAUCGGGCUGUUAUAA